AUGGAAGUUCCUGUGCUGAACAGGAUUGCUGAAUUAGGCUCAGAUCUGGGCUUGCUUCGAAUUUUCACUUCCUUUUUCCCAUCCCCACAUUUUUGGAAAUGGGGUGCUGUUCUUAUAACUUUGUUGGCCACUUUUAGUGGAAUAAUCAAUCGGCUCAAGAUUUUAAUCAUUGUCAUUCGUCGGAGCAGUCGAACCACUCCGAUUUGCGAGCCUCUCUCCCGAUCUCUCCACGGCGGGGAGACCGCUGGUUUAGUUUCGGAGAAUCUCAGAUCUUCCCUGCUUUCAAGCUCGGAAUCGGCAGAUGAGAAAGAGGCGGACCGGGAACCGGACGACGGGUCGGAUUUUCGAGUCAAAGGGACGGCUCGUUGUUCUCGUCUCCGGCGACGGUACGGCGGCGGAGGCGAUGGAGAUUCGGUUCCGUGGUCGUGGCCGUGUUUUGGGUCGGAACAGAGCGUAGUGAGGCAAUGGGGUGAUGUGAAAUUGAAAUGCGAGUUUGAGAAGUUAAGUGGGAGUGUGAUUUCGUUGUACGAUGAGAAUGAAGAGACGGAGAUCUGCUCCAUUUUCAGCGACGGAGCUCCGCUGCAAGUGGCGGCUUUAUCGCCGGGGAGAAUGGUGGUGGCCGCCGGAGAGAGCAUAUCGUCGAGCGUGUCACUUAAGCUUUGGGAUACACGUUGCCGGAGCCGGACGUCAGUGCUGGCGGCGGAGUGGAAUUCGCCGUCGGAAAAGGUUGUCGACGUCUAUUUUGAGGAUGUAGACAAAGUCUAUCUUAGAGAUAACGGAGGUGAUAGAAUAGUGGUCGGUGAUGUUAGAAAAGUUAGGUCAGUGUCGGAGAAUUCGUCGGCGGUCGACAACGGCGGCUGGUGGGAGUCAGAACAUAGACGCCGUUUAUAG